AUGAGAAUCAAAAUUUCAAGGAGCAGCAAUAAAACUACGGCACGAGUGAACCAAGGGCAACAAUUGACUGGAGCUAGGAAUGGCAACAACGGGAGCACGCAACCAGAAGGAACAAGGCGCGUCUGUGGCUUUGUGUGCACACACUUCCUAUGUGCAUUUCUUGUAUUCCUGGCUUGCUACCGAUGGAAGCAUCUCCUACCAGGUUAUGAAAGUGAAGGCUCCCAGUGGUCCAAAUCAAAGUUGUCCAAUGAAGCCGCGACAUCUGUUUCCGCUACAGCCACAACCACACUUCCUCCUGCAGUUCCUCCUGCUUCUUCAUCCAAGGCACUAGAUUUCAGUGCACCUUCACUUGUUGAUCCAUCCACGGUGAAACGGAUCUUUUGGAUGCAUGUUCCAAAAACGGGGGGCAGCUUUUUCCUCCCAAUCUUCUUCCAGUUCUGCCCAAAGGCCCUGGCAGCAGAGCGGGCAGCGGUUGGCCCAGGACAGCAAAUUGACAAGGAACACCUAUUUGACCAGUGGUUGCUGAAAAACUACCCACCAGAAAAAUGGUGUAACAAAAACUUGAUGUUCUAUAACAUGCCUUGUCCAGGAUGCCAUCACCAUUAUUCCGAACAUCCCAACGAAGAAUUCUUUUCCUUGACUGUGUUUCGUGAUCCAACCGAACGACUUUGGAGUGGAUACCGCUAUAAUCGCCAGGGCAGUUGGCAGUCUGACAGCAAUUCAACCUUUUACGAAUUUAUACGGGAACCCAACAUUAUGAACUGUCAGCUCAAAAUGGUUCUGGGCCAUGAUUGCUGCAAACAAAAUCGACAACAAAUUGAGAAUAUGCGACUUAAUGUCUCACUGGCCAUUGAAAGAGUCAGCCAACCUCGUUUCUUUUUUGGAAUCACAGAACGAUGGGCUGAAACCAUGUGUCUCUUUCAUCGCUGGUUUGGGGGGGAGGUGUUGUCAGAUGUUGAUUUUCACAACAAUCGAAAGGGAAGAACACUGCCUCCAGGCAAGUACCGUGAUGAUGUUCCCCCACACCAAGAACUGGAAUGGUUUGAAGCUAUAGUUCCAAUAUUUGAAGCAAGGCUCAAAGCAGCAAACUGCUUGGCCUACUCUCCACCAUAA